GGAACGUUGGAUUCCCAGCCUGUAACCGUUAGGAAGCAGCUCAGCCUAUCUGUCCCAUUCCUUACCAAAAUGUCCGUGUUUCAAACGAGAUAACAUAGCCCAAAAUACGUGUAUAUAUUUCAAAUUUCUUCCUCGUCGUCUACCGUCUAACGGAGUAGUGAACCGACUUUCCCCGGGGGAAGGUUGACGGUGUAACACCACACCUGAGAAGAAGACGCCGCUCGCAUCUUUUCACAGUGAACGUCUUUAAGCUCCAUUCUUCGUCAACAAAUUUUUAUUUUAAACCACGUAAAUGAGUUGCAGAGGAGACAGUGAUGAUGACAGCUGCGGUAAACGGAAGGUCGCUUAUGUUUACAGCCCGGAAUACAUCGAGACUUGCGACAGUUUGUCCAAAGUGCCAAACCGAGCGAGUAUGGUCCACUCACUAAUAGAAGCCUAUGGACUCCUUAAACACAUGAGCACCGUCAAACCUCAAGUGGCAACCAUAGAAGACAUGGCCAAGUUCCACACAGACUCUUACCUGGAGCAUCUUCACAAGAUCAGCCAGGACGGAGACAACGAUGACCCCCAGUCAGUCGACUACGGCCUGGGUUAUGACUGUCCAGUGGUGGAGGGGAUAUAUGACUAUGCAGCAGCAGUAGGGGGCGCUACACUGACAGCAGCCCGGUGUCUGCUGGAUCAAAAGUGUGAUGUGGCCAUUAACUGGGCAGGAGGGUGGCACCAUGCCAAGAAGGAUGAGGCGUCAGGUUUCUGUUAUGUGAACGAUGCUGUGUUGGGAAUCCUCAAACUGAGGGAGAAGUACGAGAGGGUCCUCUAUGUGGACGUUGACCUGCAUCACGGAGAUGGUGUGGAGGAUGCCUUCAGCUUCACAUCCAAAGUCAUGACCGUCUCCCUGCACAAGUUCUCUCCUGGAUUCUUCCCAGGUACGGGUGACCUGAGUGACACAGGGCUGGGUAAAGGCCGUUGGUAUGCCGUGAACGUCCCGCUGGAGGACGGCAUCAAGGAUGACCGAUACUACCAGAUUUUUACCAGAGUAAUGCAGGAAGUGCGUGCACAGUUUAACCCGGAGGCGUUGGUCAUGCAGCUAGGUGCCGACACCAUGGCGGGCGACCCCAUGUGCUCCUUUAACAUGACCCCGGUGGGGGUGGGAAAGUGUCUGCAGCAUGUCUUGGAGUGGCAGCUACCUACACUGCUGCUGGGUGGAGGAGGUUAUAACCUGGCUAAUACGGCUCGUUGUUGGACCUACCUGACGGCAGCGGUGCUGGGAAAGACUCUCUCCUCUGAGAUACCAGACCACGAGUUCUUUACAGAGUACGGACCGGACUACUCGCUGGAGAUAAGCCCAAGCUGUCGACCAGACCGCAACGACGCCAAACACCUGGACCAGGUCAUCACCACCAUCAAAGGGAAUUUAAAGAAUGUGGUUUAGGAGUCGGCAGUUCAGCCUUCUCCUACACACACACACACACACAC